UCGAUGUAUAUAAUUCUCUAUAAAUAACAUCGCUGAAUGAUUUAUCGAUUCACUCGGGAAGCUAAAAGUAUUUUCGAAAACAGUUUAUACAGGAAAAUAUCCGAAAGAGUACCUAACUACAACGUCAAUUUAAAUGAUUUUUAUCCCCUUUUUCUAGCUCCGAAACCGAUCUCCCGGGCAGGAUUGGGCAGUUUCGAUUACGACGAUUUGUAUCCACUCAUGCUUGCAAAAAUUAUUUGCUGUACCUGGAUUACAUUUUUGGUUGGUAUGACUCUAGUCAUCUAUGUCGUUUUCGGGAUGUUUUUCCAAGACUGCCUGGCACAAAUAUGCGCUGAACUGGCAUUGAUAGUCGCUUAUACUUGCAUACUUUUAACAGACGAAAGCAUUGGUGAUCCUUCUUCUGGAUAUCGUCUUACGUUGUGUACGGCGACUGCCAUCUUCUUGCAGUUUUCUUUUCAAGUCGUUUUUUUAUUCAUGUUGCUCGAAGUGGUUUCUAUGUGCCGAUUAAUCACCCCGUGUUUUUCUCCAAAUAUCCUCACUAAACCUUGGUCUCUUUUAUUACUUGGGUGGGGUAUUCCGACCGUAAUUACAAGCAUUUCUGCGAUUAUUGUAAGAAACGAUUACGUCAAGACGACCGAAAACUGCUGGUUGGAUCUUUCUGGCUCCGCCAUGGCUCCGACGGUUGUGCCAAUUUGUAUAUUCAUCAUACUUCAAGCGUUGUUAUAUUUAUUAGUGUUUUUAGCGGCAGAAACCAGGGAUACCAUAACUGUACCACAAGAUAUGAAAAGGGCGCAGAUAUUCUUCUCGUCUAGAUGGGCUUCUGCUUGUAUAUAUAUAUUAACAGUCGUAGCUUGGGCAACGGGAAUCGUGGGCAUUGAUAAAAAAGAUUCAGCCUUAAUCACGGCAUUCGUAGUCGUUUCCUUCUUCUUAGGACUCUUCAUACUGAUUCUAAGAGUUGUCAGUGAUGAUUUGCUACGUCAGAGGAUGAAUAACUGGUUAAAGAAGAAUAAAGGGCCACAUCGGAUCAAUAAAGUGAAUUCAUGGCCAGCUAAAAUCGUCGAAUCUAACGAUUUAUUACCCACUACUGCAGUUAAACAAGUGAACUCUCCGUUUACCUCGCCACAAGUUAUACAUCAUCGAUGACGUUACUUAGAAGCAUACUCUUUUCUUUACACGAAUCAGGAAUUAAGUGCCUUGUAUGGAUUUUCAAACGUUGUAUACGUCCAAUACGAAAAAAAAAAAAAAAUAGCAGUGUUCCUGCGUAACAUAUCACAUUGGUCCAGAGUUUUAAGUCCUUAGAAGUAGUACAAACCGAUUGUCUACAAUACGAAAUUAUAUUCUCGAAAAGAAACAUCAAAGCAAUAUUUGUGAUUUAUAGAAUUUGUUGCAUGUUAUUCUAAAAAAUAAGGAAAAAUAAAAAGAAAAUUC